UUUCAACAAAUUAACAUGCGUCAAAUAAAUUUGUUAUAGUUUUUCCUAUGUGCAAUUUCAAACAAAACAUAUUUUAUAUUGAUUCGAAAAACAGGUAUGAGGACAAAAUAUUCAUCAAAUCAAAAUGAAUAUUACAAUUACUACAUAUCUGAUUAUUUUUGGUUCAUUUUUGUUUAUGUACGGAGAAGCGAGUUCAAAAAUAAAACAUAACAUGGACGUAAUGGAAGAAGGUUCCGAAAGUUCUGUGAUGUAUGAAUUUCCCACAAAUGCAAAAAUGUACGAAGCAACAGAAGAACCGAUAAUAGAUUAUGGAACAUAUGACUUUGUAAUAGUUGGCGGCGGUACGGCUGGAUGUGUAGUAGCUAACAGACUUUCAGAAAUCGCAAAUUGGAGUGUGCUUGUGAUAGAAGCUGGAAAUUACACUAGUCUUGGAGUACAUCAAUUUAUCUCAAAUACUUUUUCGCUGACACAUCGCUCAAAUUUUAACUGGGGCUAUCCAAUGGUAUCACAAAGACCUGAUGGUUCAGGUAAUAAUGAAACAAACAUAUAUCCUCGUGGUAAGGGUGUUGGUGGUUCUACAUUAAUUAAUGCUGCAAUCUGUACUAAAGGCAAUCCUGAAAAUUAUAAUAACUGGGCUGAAAUUACCAACGACUUAACUUGGACUUACAAUAAUGUUUUAAGGUAUUUUAAAAAAGCAGAAAAUUUUCACUGGACAGACCAAUAUUCUCCAGUAAAUAUAAAAUAUCAUGGUACAAAGGGAAUGAUGGAUAUUCAACAGAGUGCACCACACAAUUUCCUUACUCAGACAUUUUUGGACGCUAACAUUGACUUAGGAAUUAAUCUCACAGAUUAUAAUUCACCAAAACAACUGGGUGGUUCUGUUUUUCAACUGUUUCUAAAAGAUGGUAAAAGGGAAGACACAGGAUCGAUCUAUAUUAUACCAUUUCUUAAAAGAGGCAACCUUCAAGUAUUGACUAAGAGUUUUGUGACGAAAAUAGAAAUAAACAAUUUAAAUAAAACGGCAUCAAGCGUUAUAUUUACCAACUCACGACGAACAUUUCGAGUAAAAGCAAAGAAAGAAAUUAUUUUAUCAGCUGGAGUAGUUGGUAGCCCACAAAUAUUAAUGCUUUCAGGUAUUGGUCCUCAAAAACAUCUUCGAGAAAUUGGUAUAGAUGUUAUAACAAAUUUAGAAGUUGGAUCCAGCUUUGUCGAUCAUCCUUUAGUUAUAAUUGGUUUUACGUCGAAUAUAACUGUUCCCGAAGAACCACUAAAAGAAGAUAUUGCUGAUUUUUGUCAAGGAAAAGAUAGUUUGACCAGAUUUCCGAUACCACAGGGAGUAGGGUUUUAUAGAGUUAACCCUCACGGAAAUAAAAAAGCUCCAAAUUUGGAAGUUUUUCCAACCGUUUUAAAGUAUUCUCAAAGUAUACCAGGACUGUAUAAAUCUGAUACUGAUAUUUACCAAGCCUAUUUCGCUAACAGCGAUCAACAGAUGGGUUUCUAUUUUUCGAACAUUGCACCGAUUUCAAGAGGAACAAUAAGGUUGAAAAACAAGGAUCCUUUUGAAUAUCCUUUAAUAAACCCAAAAUUCUUCUCAGAUGUUAAUAAUACAGAUAUUGAAGUCUCAUAUCAAGGAAUAGAGCUAAUAUUUAAUAUGACUAGAACACCAUCAUAUCAAAAAUUCGGCUUAAAAUAUGUAGCUAAUCCUCUUCCUCAAUGUGAAUCAUUUACAAAAACUUCUAGAGAGUAUUGGUAUUGUUAUUUAAGAUACAUGGCAGUUACAUUUUAUCAUGGUACUGGCACAUGCCCUAUGGGCAAAAGUCAUAAAAAUGGCGCAGUAGUAAAUUCAAAACUAAAAGUUUUUGGUAUAAAUAAAUUAAGGGUAGUGGAUGCUAGCAUUUUUCCCACUCCUGUUGCAGGUCAUACUGAAAUGCCAGUUUUAAUGGUAGCUGAAAAGAUAUCAGAUGAUAUUAAGACUUACUAUUUAUAAAAGUAUAAAUUAAAUUAGGGUUAAAUGUAAUGUAUUUAUUUUAAACUAAAAUAUAUAUUUUUACACC